AGCAUCUGCUGCUUCCGGUGAGGCGAGGCUGCCAGGCAGACUUGUCAGGGCGAGACUUCUGCUCGGUUAGAUAAAACCGAAACAAGCUUGAACGUCAUAAAAAAAGAAAGAAAGGAAACAACAACGGAAACGAAGAGCGGAAGUUUAGCAGAAGAAGGUCGAGUUGUUUUCAACUUCCGGUGAGGAAUCGAGCAGAAAAACAAACCGGUUAAAAAUAUCGAAGCAGCCAGAAUCCACGUCGGUCCAGACCUUUAAAUCUGGAAAAAAGUCACCCGGAGCCACAGAGGGGGAAAUAAAAACUUCGUCUCUGCAGGAUGUGAACGAGCCGCGGCUCAGAAACUCUCCCCUGCAGUCAGCCUGAAGCCGAAGAUCAACAGACGAGACGCUGCAGACGAACAUGGCCCUGUUCUUCUCUGGAGCCGUAACAAGCUCGCCAGUAAAGCGGAGGCUGCGUGGGAACCGCUCCUGUCAGAGCCUGGACGCCUCCCUCCUGUCGCCCGACUCCUCGUACGUCUGCUUCUCCUCGCCGGACGCCGGGUCUCCCUGCUGCUGCCGCCGCUCGCCGCGCCUCCUCACCAACGGCUACUACGACGUCACCGAGGACAGCUUCUGCCUGGACCAGGACGGCAACGUGUCGCUGACGGGCUGCAGGGCCAGCGUGUCCUACAAGGAGAACCUGGUCAGAGUCUUCAGACGCAGACGGAGACCUCGCCGGUCGCUGGUCUCUCUGCUCAGCGACGUCACAGAGAGCUGCCACUCAUGGCUGGACCAGAACGUCUUCAGAGGGAUGCUGGGAACGGGACACAGGCAGAACCCGGACCCGGAUCAGGACCUGGACCUGGACUGGGCCCAGGUCAGCCAGGAGGGACCGUCUCCGUCUCCUCUGGACGAGUCUCUGUGGUCGGAACCGACCGGCGCCGGGCUGGAGGACAGCUGGAGCUUCACGUACGAUCCCACCGAAGCUCCGCCUCCUCCAGACAAAGAAGCUGCGAAGCUCCUGAUCCAGGAGGAGAUCUGCUCCGAGAUCUGCGAGUCCAAGCAGCGCUUCACCCAGCCGUCGCUGGGCGGCCUCGCUGAAGUCCCGCCCCCUCCUGCUUUCUACAGCCGCUGCCGUCAGGCCGCCCCUGAGCCCACAGGGCUGACGAUGAAGGCUCUCCUCCUCAUCACCCUCUGCAUCUUCCUCCUCGGAGUGCUCUACUCAGGGUGUUUACGGUGGAGCGCAGCAGCGACGUCCGCCAUGUUUCUGGUGAUGUCAUCAGUGAUGUUCGUGACGAAGUCCGGUCCGAUGGGCGAGUGGCGGCGCGCCAAAACAGAGGACAUCACGUCCAGAAACGAGUAGAUGACGGGUUCCCUGUCCAGAGAAGAACCAAAACAGAACCAAGAGUUUGGAUCCAAGCUGGGACUGAAGGGUGGAACCAUGUUCUGAGCUCUGGAGGCAUUUUAGAGCCAAGCUAGCUUCGUUUUUUUACAGAAAAGACCUAAAGGGCGUCAAUCAAGACGAGGGCGACGUGCGCCUCAGGAAACGUUCAGUGAUCCGAUUCUUUUACCAGCAUCAUGUUUAGGAGGAAAACGAGCCGGUUUGAAACCGCUGAAGGAGCUCAGAGUCCCUGUGUUAGCUUAGCAGCGUGGGAAACUUCCUGUGUAACGUUAAAAACACAGAAACUGAAUCAUUUCAGGACAAUAUGAGCCCAGUGUGACCAAAAUGUGAAACUUUUUAAGCUCCGCUGAUCAAGUUCAGGCAGAAUUUGUAUUAUUUUAUGCACAAAGAUCCCCUGAAUACAGAGGUGAUGAUGCAGCGCCGUCAGGUAGAGUUCUGGUCCGCUGUAACGCGUCAGAUCCAGGCUCUGAUAAACCGUGGAGUCAUUCUGGGGUGAAACCUUAAACCUCUGGUGCCUUCAUGUCUCCUCGCAGCGUCUGCAAACUAAUUAUCACUAAUUACUCAGUUUAUUUAUCUGAGCUGAUUCGGGUUUUUACUCCCUGUGGGUUCUCAGUCCUUCAGCCUUUUCUGUACGGAACCCCAGAAAUGCUUUUAAUGAUCUAAUCCUAAAGACAUAAAUAGCUUCAGGUGAGACGCAUUGGAGGAAAACCUCUGAAAACAUUUUGUUUUUAAUUUAGUAUAAAUGUCAAUUCAGGGAAAAUCCAGCAGAAACAUUAAACAGAGCUGUUUAUUUCUAACUAUAAAUUUAUAAUUUUGCACAGAUGAGACUUUUAACUCUCAGCACAUCAGCUCAUCCCUUCAUCACCAGGCUUUUAUUUUGAAAGGAUUCGUCUCUACGAACAGAGCCCCAGCUUUCUAAUUUUCUAAUCCUGGGUGCAUUUGUGCUAAAAAUAAUGUAUAAAUACAUAAACCAAUAAAACACAUUUUCCUACAUGUGUAGCUUUAGGUGACACAUUUAUUUCAAAUGUUAAAAUAAAGAAUAGCAUUGAAAAUGCAUUCAAAGUGCAGAAUGCUAUUUAAAUAUUGAAACUACCACAACUGUAAAUACAUAAUCAAUGUUAGCACAACAUUUAAUAAUGAGAAUGCUUUUUUUUAAAUUAUGAUAAAUAUUUAAUGUUUUUUUUUUUUUUGUGAAGACACUUCCUCCACGAGGUUUUAUUUUGAAAAGUAUCUUUUUCGGUGUGAAGCUCCAGAAGGGUUGUUAUAUUCCGUACACACAGGUUAAUAAGAUUAUUAUAAACUCCAUGUUCAUGAAAGCUUUAGUUGUUAAAAUAAUAUUAAAAUCAAGAAUAAAUUAAAAACUGCUUCAUGAAUUAAUAUUCAGGGAAGAAAUGAAGCCAACUUGCUCCAAGAUUCAGAUGGAAAAUGUUAUUUCAGAUAAUUUUAAGCAAAAAAUUAUACUAUUUACCUCUCAUGUAUAUUUAGUCCUAUGUGAAUGUUUUCACUUUUAUUUUGAAAGGGAUUUUGUCGCCAUGUGGAGCCUCUGAAAAGCUUUUGUUUAUAAUCCACACAAAAAUAAUAAUAAUAAUAAUCUCCCCACUUCAGAGGCUCAAUGUUAGUAUUAUUACUGGAAGAUAAAACAAUAUGUAUUUAAUAUUUGUCUCUCUGAGGAGAAGAACUGUAGCACAAAGGCGUGACACAAAGUACUGUUUAACUUUAUAAAGCUGAGUUUUGUUUUAAUUUUGGGUCGCGCAGAGAUGAGCUGAGCUCUGGUUUCAGCCGCCGUGAUGCGUUCAAUGGCUCGGAAAAUUCAGCCCCGGAGCCAAAUAAUGUCUGAUUCAUCCUGUAGGUCCCCAGUUUGAGGAGCUGACGGGAAAGUUUAUCAAAGUGCCAAAAAUUUUAUAUCCUGAGCUAAAAUGAGGAGAAAAGUCUGAGCUUAUCAGACAUAUUUUUGAUACAGCGCUCUGCUUUACUUGGUCCUGACGGCUCUGCUUCCUGACUGUAGUAUAUUACAGAUCUAAUCUUUGUUUGUGAUGUUAAAGGUGUUUUUUUUUUGUAGUUUUAAACUACGUUUAGCUCGUUUUUAUUAGUACUGAGGAAAAAUAGGUUACUCUGCUGCCCCUGGUGGUCAUAACCAGCCAGUACAGCUUAAGGUCAACUUAAAAUAGGAUUUUUAUAUCAUAUUAAUGUGACUUUUCUGAAAGCUGUUUUUUUUUUUUUUUUACCUUUAAAGCUUUAGAUCUGUGUUAAGCACCUAACAUUUUAUUCUGCAUGUUCUGUUUUUAUUGAGAUGCACUUGGAAACGUGAUGCUCUGCUUGUGACGGCACUUGUUUUAGUUAUUUUAGCGUCUGACAGCAGGAAUUAAAUCUUAUUGCAUUCAAAGUGGAAUAAAUGAAUGGAAAAUAAAAUAAGAAAACUUGGAACUUAAAUUAAUAAAUGAAUAUAAAACUGAUGAAAAAUGAUAAUGGAUCAACUCAAUUUCAGUGCCGCUCUGCUUUAAAAUUUAAUUUCUAACCACCUGCCUGGUUGUCAGAAAGUGUUUUAUUUUAAGUGACUGUUUAUUACUAAGCAAAUAAAUGACAAAGACA